AUGAGACCUUUCUCCUCGGCGCUUCUCGUGGCCUUUGCCUUGGUAUUGGGCCUCGAGCGUGGUAACCUUCCGCACGCUGCUGCCGGCGACGUUGGGGAUCAAGCCCCCGGUUUGGACCCGGUGCCACCAUCGUCGCCCCCCCCCUCCUACGAGGAAGCGAUCGAGGUCGGAGGUUCGACUCCGACCACCAAGUCUGGCCAUCGUCAUACGACAGAAAACCCACUGCGCGCAUUGGAGAUACACCCCAUCUACCGCUGGCUGAAGGAUAGAGACGCGCCGACCAACUGCUUCUUCGUAGUCGUUGCCCGACUUCUUCGUACCACGGUUGCCGAAAUUAUCCGUCGAUCUGGCCUUGACUUGCCUCCGAAUGGACGAGGUAACGGCAUAACCCUAGACGAUGUGUUUGCUGCCUUUGAACGGCUCGGUAUCCGCCUCCGUAUCCUGUCAUUUCGAGGCCCCGUGGAACCUAGCGCCCCAGGGCCGAUUCAGCACCUAAUAUAUUGCAGGCGAACGGUUCGUGGACGGCGUUGGCGUCGGCUGCCGCCUCGUGAGAUCGGCGUGGUGUACGUUCGCCCCACCGAGAGCAUACACGCUGUUGUCGUCAGGAACGCUGGAAGGGCUGGCACCCUCUACGUCGAUUACCAAGCAGACCCUGCCGGGAGAGACGCUUGGCCUGAUGUGCGGCAGUCCAACAUCUGCUUCUAUUUCUAUGUCGACGAAGAAGCAUCUUCCGCAAACUUCGCCGUGGCCCAUCGAUGGCGAACGGUGGAAGCCAGUGCCCAAGAAGCGGCGGCUGAGGCUGCCCAACCGAACUCCGACGACGCUUCUGCACUGCCCAACUCCAACGAUGAAAGUGUUGGGUUCGUGGAAGACAUCACGGACGCCCUGAAUGUUCCAUUCGAGGACCCUACCGAAAACACCGAGACUAUACACCCCGACCAGCAGGCGCAACCGCCGCCCGAAGAAGUAGCCACGACGAACACUCCGAAUACGGGGGAUGGUCCCCAAGACACGAUGGAAACCAACGCAGAAUCCAUGGGAGAUGCUACUGCCGUCGAAGAUAUUGCCAUGCCGAACACUCCGAAUACGGGGGGCAAUUCCCAAGACACGGUCGACACCAACGCAGAAUCCGUGGGAGAUGCCACUGCUGUCGAAGAAAUAGCCAUGCCGAACACUUCGAAUACGGGGGGCGAUGUCCAAGACACGGUCGACAACACACCUGUCCCGCUACAGCAAACCCCUACCGAGCAAGAAGCGGAGGCUGCGGCAUCUUCCAUUCCCACCCCAACCGCCGGAGUCGACCUUCAAACCCUCAAUCCCAGCAUGGUCGCACGCAUCUUCGCAGGCCUGCUCAACAGAGAUAUGUGUAUUCGUUACCUAGUUUUAGUGGCAAACGCCCGAGAAAGAUUCCCCGAAAAACCACAUUUCCAUGGAAAGCGUGCCGAGGAAGUGAAGGAUACGUCAUGUGCCGAGCUGAAAUACGAAGUCGAAAGGUCGCAAGCUUGCAGCCAAAUAACAAGCCUCGAGAUUGGCAUUUUCUUAUCCCCUGAUCGUGGCUCGGGUACAUAUGACUACAUCCUCGCCACAAUUGGCAACGAAACUGUAGAGCUCGGAUUUAACACGAACGGAGGGUAUGACGCUUGGAAACAGGUGGAUUUAAAAUCAGCCUUUGGUUCGGACACGAUCGAUAUUCGCCGUGUGCAAAGCCUGGAGCUUGUUGACAAGGGACGAACAUGGACAAUCAGCUUAUUUCGAAACGACGAGUGGAAGGUUAAAGAUAUUAUCCUUCGCGCACAAUGCGACACACCAGGCUUUCGGCUGGAAUACGACAGCCUCAUGUCGCUCAACAAGGCUUACCGACAUCCAGCAGCAACAACGGGCGGUGUGCAACCUUAUGAACCGGCAGUGGUCGCAAAAUUUGACAUCAAUCCUUUGCAUUGGUACAUGGCACCCUGCUACCUUAUCAAGGAACUGCAUUAUGAAUUCAAGGUAGGCUCGGCGCCUUGGUCUGGGUCCUGGGAUUCAUUAUCGUUAUCCUUCCAACGAGGCAAGCAUUCAAUCAACUUGACGAAAGAAUUCUGGCCGGAAACAGAAGUGGCCCUCCCCGUUAAUCUCACCAGGAUGUUCGGUAGCGAGACGGUUGACAUUCGUACCAUUAAGGAGAUGUCUGUGCAGGAGGAGUACAGCGGGAAAAGCGGCACGGAUUGGUGGAAGUUUGCAAGCAUUACACUGAAAGCAACGUGUGCCUAUGGUCCGACGAAAAUGGCAAUGGACAAAUAUAAAAACAUAAACAGAUGGUUCGGAUACGACCGCUCGCAGAAAACCGUUUGGUCGGGCGAUUUCACUUACGGAAACUGGGAAGUGAUGGCGUGA